ACAAAAGUCGUACUGUAUCGACGGCAAGCGAGCGAGCGAGUGAACGAGUGACAGCAGCAAGACGAAGAGAAGUAAUGAAAAAAGUAACAAGAAUGUGCGGCACAAAGUCGGGCCAGAGAGUGAGGGCUCUAGUACACUCAGUGUUUAAUCGAAUGUAAGGAAAGAAUGAAGAGAAAGAGCGAGAUAGAAAAAAAGAAAGAAAAAAAAACCAGAUCGUUUGAGUGUGCAAUUUAUCAAUUGACAUACAAGCAAUAUAGCCGCUAAUUUGCUAUAGUAAAUACUAGGCACAAAACAACAAUAAUGACAACAAACUCGGUACCAUUUUACUGCUUCCAGAUUCGGUUUCAAUUUGUCUCCAUUCUUUCAUCUUGUUUGAUUCUUUUUCUGUGGUUGGAUGCUUUUUGUUCGAAUGAAUCGCUUGACGAGAGUCGCAUCGAGAGAUUUUUCCUUUUGAUAAUGACGAUAUGAUAUCGACCCUUUAGAUGAUUCAAUGAUGUUGUCCCUUUUGAUAUUGCUCAUGACGUUUUUUUUCUUUUUUCAAUCCAAAUACAAGAUUUAACAAAAAUUUUGCUCACAUGAUGCCAUUCCAAAGCGUGACAUUUUACGCUUUCAAUUGCAAGAGAGCGAUCAUGCUGGUGAUAAAGGCUUUUUGGGCUAAAUUAUAUUCGGUGAGUGUUGUGAGUGCGCUUUGUGUACAUAUCAAUUGCUCACUGUGCGUUGAGUUGCGCUCUCUGUUGAGAGAGCCUAUUGGCCAACGUAAAAUAGAAAAACGUAAAAGAGACCGAAAAAAAACAAUGUCGAAAACGAAAAUCAAACAAACGCAACACACAGCCAGUAAUAAAAUUCACUUAAUGUUUUCCAUUAAAAUUCUUCGCGCCAAAUUCCGUUUGGGUUCCACACUCACACUGAAAUUCAAAUGAUCGAUGAUGAAUUCUCGUCAGUUGUAAAUUUUUCGGUUGUGUUGUCGGUUCUUAGUGUUUGGAUAAUACUCGCGCCGCGUGAAAAUUUUCCAUGGUCAAUCUGAAAAAAAAUAUGCGUAGAAAACGACCGUGCAAACGUACAUUAAUGCCGAAAAGUGAAUGAAUAUCAAUUGCGCUGAUUUUCGUUCCGCUCUGAAAAUGUUUGUGGAUUUUGUGUGUGAUUAUCGCGUAUCGUGGCAAUGUGGUAGCAACACAAAUCAACAUUGAAAUAAAUGCGCUUGAUAACAAGCGUUGUUGAAGCGUUUUUUUUUCCUUCAUCGAGCGCGAAACACAAUAGACUCAUAAUGAUCGUCAGAUGUUUGUCGUGUUGAUGCUGUUUUUCCUUCUUUUUCGCAGAAAUAAAAAACUUACCAUCAUUUGUGCGACUCCUUCUCAUGCGUGUUCUGUGUGUGUGGGUGUGAGAGAGAGAGAGCCGCACUAAAGUGCUGACACACGCGUAUAAACAAAUAGUAUAUAAUUUGGGCUUAAUGAGCAUCGUACACGGAAUGAAUUGUCACUUGAUACAAACAUCACAAUUGCCGCUCGAUUGGCUCGAUGUUAUGACUUGAGCGCCACACACAACAGUAAUUCUAUCACAACACACAACCGAGUCGCUUUUUUUCUUCAAAAAGAAAAAAUGCCAGAAAGAAAAGCCUGUGUGUUGUCACAUUGCACACGAGAAUGGCAUAGGAAGGAAGCACAAGAGGAAAAGAGCACAUGCAACGGAAAAACGGCGACCAACAACAAUACCAUGUGGGCACUCGUGUUGCGUAUGCGCAAUAGAAGCGCAUUAAGAAUGGAAAACAAUGAAAAGAAAAGAAAAUUCAAAUGAGAGUGAGAGCAAGUGAGUAAGCGACAAAGUGAAAUAGUGUGGAAAACAGAAGAAUAAGAAGAAGCACUUGUGAACGAAAGUUUUUAGUUGAAAUUGGUAGUGAAUGGUUUGUUGUUUUUUUUUCGGAAAUUCCAGUACACACUUGAAUUCCACAAGAAGCCCGACAAAACGAUUUUUCUUCACAUUUGAUUUGGUUGUGUGUUAUUUUGCCAUUUGCUCUCUGUCUCGCUCUCGACCAAUUUUUCCCGUCGACCGUCGAGCGACCAUUUACCAAUUUUUCGAUCCGUUUCGUUCGGUGUGUUGUUGUGUGUGUGUGUGUUUCGUUUUUUUUUUCUCUUCUUCACUCUCUCUCGUGUGUGGUACACACAGUCAGUUAAUCAUUUUCGGUGGACGAAACAAGGCUGUAUCAACUUUGGCCCAGAAUAUAAAUUUUAUUUUUUAUUUCUCUCUCACACUCUGUUAUCCGAAAUCAACGAACAGAAACAACAACAACAAAAGUUAAAUGAGAUUUUUUUUUUCUGUUUAAGCCGUAUUAAAAAGUGAUAAAGCGCGAACAGAAAGAAAGGAAAGAAGAAAAAAAACAGUAAAACUUAAGGUGAUUUUGUCAAAGCUAAAAAAAUUGAAUGUCAAAAGACAAACACACACACAAACACCGAGAAGUGUUUGAAUUGAUUUGACUCUUGUUUAUUGCAAUUUGGUGAGCUUUUGCCCCCGAAAAAAAAAAACAAUAACAAAAACAAGAGUAAAGACAAGUCAAAGAAGAAAAUAAAAAGCGCCUUACAAACGCGAGACAGUUUUGUGUUUUUUUUUCUUCUGGUGUGUGAUAUUGGUUGCGCUUACACGGUGUGUUGCAGAAUUCGAGAGAGAAAGCGAACGAGCGAGCGAGAGAGAGCUUGAGUGUAUGUUCGAGUGUGACAUUGACGCUUUUGCUUCAGAGGUAAGAAAUCAAUGGACUUUAUCGCAAUUUCAUCAUAUUUAAUGGCCUAUAAUCAGGCAUUGUUGUGCGUUUUUUUCUCCUCUGUUUUGCCAAUCUACCGAAAAACGAUGAACACAAUUGAAUCUCUAUAGUUUCACUAUGACGUUGGCCGUUUCUAUCGUGCGCGCGGAUUCCCGCAUUCUCCCGCCGCUACCCGAUAGUGAAAUAAACGAUUGCGAUGGUGGUUUUUUUCCCUUUUCUUAUUCCCUUCCCUUCCCAGUGUGUGGGCAUAAGAAAGGAAUUUUUUUUUCGUUCUUUCUCGCGAUUCGCUAAUAAUCACAAAAUCCGAGACUGUGUGAUAACAGCAGGCGAAUAUCAUUUGAUAUGUACGUUUUCCUUUUCGUGAAACUUUGGAUACUUUGCAAUUUAAUGUGAAUAAUUCCUGUGCGAAGUCGUAAUUCGUCGACGUUUCGGUCAUUCGUUUGCAUGGAAAUACGAUGAUUUGAAGAAAAAAAAAUCGAUACAAAUCGCAGAUUCGAGAGACCAUUUUACGAUUUUCACAGAGAGUCCAUGGGUUUCUCUUGGUCAGUGUGUGAAAAAUUCCGUCGUUGUUUUUAGAUUACUUUGUAAGACUUUUUGACUUUGUUUAAUAAUAAUAAGAAGAAGCUUCGAAUAAGAACCAAAAAGAAGCAUUCAGUUAGGAGACGACGGACAAAAAAAAACGAACGGAAAAACGUCAAAUUCGGUUUGCAUCAUAUUAGUAUUCAUUUUUCAUGUACUUGUUGCUUGUUUUGUCAAUUGUUAAGAGAGAAUAGUGGCUCACGCGCGCACUCACACUUACACACAUUCAUACCGAUUCUCCUGACUCUCUCUCUCUUUCUCGCACACACACACACAUCGGCAUCGGGGGGCACUUUCAUCCAUUCCAUGCUGUCUGUCUGUGUGUGUGUGUGUUGGCAUGUGUACAAUUCCGGGCUGUGUGGUAGUUUGUGUGCGUGUACGUCAUGAUUUCAUGUGUUCUGGUUCUUCGUGUUGUUGUUCUGAUGAGCGAGCGCUUUCAUUCUAGUUGUCAUACAUAUUUCUGUGUUGUUGUUGUACUGUGCGAUUCGAUUCCUGUUCUUUGGCAUAAGCGAUUUACGGCUCCUUAUGCACGCGAACCAUUUGAAUCCAUGCUCACACACAAUGAUCUCGGAGCGCGAAACAAACUUUUGUUGCUUUAUAAGCUUCAUAUUUUUCGCGUUCCAUUCUCCAAUUGUAAAUGGAAAUGGCAGAAAAGAAUAAGUACCUUUUUUUCCUGUGUACUUCUUUUCUGUUUUUGCUUAUUCUGUUUGUAUAUUUCUAUUUGGAUAGAAAAUGUGGCGUUUAUAAGCUAAUCGAGAGAGAGAGAGAGGGAGAGAGAGAGAGCUUCUGACACCGUGUAUGCGAAUUGUGUGCUGUUUGCAGAGCAGCAACAACAAUAAUCACACAGAACAGAACAGAAAAAAACUCUGCGAGUAAAGAAAUGAAACAGAAACAAAAACACUUAUUCAGUGGGCAUUUAAUUCAAUUCUUUUUCCUGCUCCGGCGAAUAUAUGCAUACAAACACACACUCAUACGUUCCAUCGUUUUUAAAUACAUGGGGCUUACACGUACAUCGCGCAAAACACUCACUGGAACAUUGUUUAGCCAAUCUGUUUUUCUGUGUGUGACAAUGUGUUUGUGCUUUUUCAAGGUCGAUCGCUUGCUUUACGACACGAUAAUUACAUGUAUACAUAAUAAAAAAAAAAAAUAUAUACACAGCAAAUAAGCGCGCACAAAGAAGCGAACGAGCGAGCGAGUGAGCGCACGAAACCGCCGUUUAGUAAAAAAGCAGGCAGUGGCAGUGAAUGAGCGCGCAAAAAAAACUCUAAUUGGUGAAAGAGUGAGGGAGAAAGAAACACACACACACACACACUAUAUAUAGUGUAAAGUGAUGAUAUCGCCUGUGCCCGCGAAUCGACAUGAAGAAGGCAAAAUACAGCAAACAUCGUCGUCGUCGUUGUUAAAAAAAAAUGUGAAUCUUGUUGUCGCGCACGAUUAUUAUUACUUAUUGUUGUUGUUGGCGUUGCCAUUCAUUCCUCCAUAUUAUAUAUUUUGUGCAAUUUUUGUGUUUUCUGAUGCCGUUGUGUGUUAUUCUCUUCUCUGUUGUUGUUGUUUUUUUUGCGCCACUGCUGCUGCCUUUCGCUUCAUUUCAUUUUAUUAUAUAUUUUUAUUUAUCAUGCAAAGACUUGUUCGACACUUCGUGUUUUGUUAUUAUUCAUGUAAAUGCGUUCUCGUCACUCAAGCUUUUUUACUUUUAUUAUUAUUUUUUUUUUUGCACUCUGCUGUUGCUGCCGUCACUGCUGCUGCUGCCGUAGCAAGAGAGUUGCACUUCAAAUUUCCUUUUAACUGACUGCAUGAUUUGUUUCUUCUUCGUUUCGUCUAGAAUAAAUUGAAAACCAUCAACUUGUUUUGCCUUAUUUAUUGUGCGCUUUUUUUUCUUUUCACUAUAAAAUUCUAUGCAUUGCAUUGUGUAACCGGCUUAUGUGAAUGAAUUGCUAGCUCACUGAUACUUGUCUCUAUGUUUGCCGUUCUUUUUUUUUCGUCGUCGCUGCUGUUAACGUUAUUCGAAUCGGUGUGUUUUGCUAUUUUCUUUCGGUCAGUCGAUCUGAAGUAAUAAUAGUAAUAAAAAGCGAAACCUUAUCACUUGACUCACGAAACUCGCUUUCUCUUUCCUGGAUUCUCGCAAUGGUUUUGCUCGUUCUCACUCACUCACUCACUCCCGUGCUCGCCGUGUAUGUCAAACAACCCCGAUAAUCAGCAUGUAUCAAGCGAGCCCCGAGCCAAGCUCUGAUUUAACCAAAUCAUCAUCCAAAUGCUCAUGUCAUAUUUCGUAUGUGCAAUUGUUCUGUUGGUGUGCUGAUCACUUGCUCGUGUUUCUUCACAUCAGGUUUGCUCCCUAAUUAGGUCUCGCUCUCUCUCACGGUCCCAUUGUCGCUUUUUAUUGAUUUGAAUUAUAGCGAAUUAGGCGAAUAUGGAGAGUAUACGGCGAACUUUAGUGUUGCAUUUCAUAUGCAUCGCUCGCUCACAAUCUGAGACAACGAUGAGCUCUUUACCCGAUGAGCUCUUUACCCGUUGACCCUAUAUCUCGUUACCUUUGCCUCUGAUAUGUGCUGCAUUUACACCUCUCGCUCUCUCCUUUUGCCUUUCUGCUCUUCUGCUCUUCUAUCUUUCAGUAGAACCGACAUCAUAGUACCGAUACAGUGUGUGAUAGAUCACUUAAUCAAAGGUAUUUGACGAUUUUUACCCGCAUGAACAAACAUCGCCGCAAAUUGAGUCAAAGUGUCAAAUAUUUUGAAUGAUUCGAUGUACUCGCGUGACAUCAUUAUUGACACCGAAAUUCCACCUGUGACACAAAAUAUGCCGUUCGUGUUCUUUGCUAGAUUCCCAUCAUUUUUCCCAUCCUAUUUUGCGCUCUUCAGUUCGUUGAGAACACUUGACAAAACGGUGAAUGGAACCAAAAAAAAGAGAUGUGUCAGUCCGAAAGAAAAAAAAAAAAACAAUCAUCGGCAUGCAUGAUUUACUCGAUGAUCGGCUUUUGUCAUUUGUCGCACAUUUUCUCACUGCUGCCGUCAUCACCGCUCUUCCCCCGGCCUCACGAACAACAACAAAAAUACAUAUCGAAUGUCCAAAAUAGCAUUUGAUGUGUGCAACAUAUCUGCCAAAAAGAGACCAAAAACGCGGACACAAAAAACCUGUGAUGCUAUAAGCCAACGUGUGUAUUUCUGCCCAACGGCAAUCAGAAGCAACAAUGACAACAACAAAAAGUUUAUGCCAACGCGAUGAAUAAUUCAAAAGACAUAAUCAAUGUUAUGGUCUUGUUGGAAAAAGCAAUGGUUAAAUACGAUGAGCUGUUCAAAUUACUCAACACAUUUGGCAUCUGUGAAUUGGGGUUUUGUUGUUGGUUUUGCGCUCUUCUUCUGCCCAUUUUUCGCUCUUCUUUCUCUUCCCUAUUUUUUGUAUCUCAUUUUUUUGAUCUUUAUCUCUUAUUUUCGGUGUAUUUCUCUCAAUUUUGCUCAUUUUUCCCUCUCUAGCCUUCUCUCUAGCUAGUUCAUUUAGCGGAAACGGUUGAAUGCAAAUCGAAUUUGUGUCAAAAAAUUUGCCAGCAAACUUGAUAAUCGUCCCAACUCGACAUCGAUACUUUUCAUUAGUAUCAUACUGCUGACUGAUUUGUCAUUUCUCUCGAUACACACUCAAUCGCGUGUUCUUCAUUGUUCAUUCUCUCGGUUUUUUUUGUUGUUGUUGUUGUCUCUUGAUCACGAUGUGAAUUUUAUCUAUCAAAAGACAAUUAAGAACUGUUCAACUCAGCGUAUAUUUUUUAUUAUGGCUAUCAAAAAGUGCGCUAAUAGAUUUUUGUUUGAUUUCACGCGCUGUUUGCAAAAUAAAUCCUAAAAAUAGUAGUUUGGAUCUAAAAAUAGCGCAAAAUUUCGUUGAUACUCAAUUAAUAAGUCAUUUGAUAAAUGUGUGAUUUAAGAUUAACUAAUUGGACCAGGUCAAUAGUAUGUCUGUUUUUUUUUUCUUCUCUUCAUGAGAGCUUUUGCAUCAACAGUCAGCGUGUUCAUCGUGAUUUCACUGGCGAAGGGCAGACACAUUCAUAUUGGUUGUUGUUGUUUUUUUCGGCCAGUUAACAUUCAACACAACGGUCAUGCUACUUGUUUUACUGAUACUGGUUUCUUUGCAUGCAUAUUUACACACACACACACACACACAUCGAAAAAAAGACCUGAAAAAUUUCCACUCAGAUUCAAAGCGAAAAACAAAAUCUUUGACCACAAAACAAAAAGCCAUAGCUAUCAAAAAAAAAAAUAAGAUGAAAAACGAUGGUAAUUUGGCGAUGGAUUUUGUGUUUCGUCUUGAAUUGUUUCUUCUUUUUGAAGAAAGCACCUUUCAAUCGGAAUCGAAUCAAUGGAAUCGGAACAAAAAAUGAUUUAAGAUGAUCGCACCAGGGAAAACUAGAACAACGCCGAUUACAGCGGUCUUUUGAUUUUGCAUAGUGUGAAAUGAGAUUUUUAUUCGCGCGCGCUUACACAAGCGCUCUCUUUCUCUGUUUUCGGUGGCGAUUAAGGCAACAACAAAAUUUGAUUGAACAGAUCAUAAUGUUGUCAAACCUGUUCCGCAAAAUCGUUAUAACUACAUUGACGACGCAGAAAAAAAAAGCAGGAAAAAAAACCAAUCUCGCAAGUCACAAAACACAGCGAAGACAGAAGGAAAAAAAUAAAUAAAUAAAACAACAAUGACAGCAGCAAUCGCAGUCAUCGUCGUCGUCGACGGGAAUAUGAAUAUGAGAAAAAAACGGCUGCGCGCAUGGAACGCACAUCAACCAUAAAAUACAGGUUGUAAGUUCAUAAUAUUUACAUAAAUCGUGAAUUAAUUAAAAUGAUCGGAGAGAAAUCCAAGAGGAGACAGAGACAGAGAAAGAACAUAGGUCCGGCAAGAGUAUCGGAGAGAAACGAUGCGGCGAUCGAUGAGCUGGACGCGCUACCGAUGAGAUAGUGAACGAAUAAGAGAGAAGGGAACAGGAGAAUGGGACAUAAUAUACAGCAAAAGACCUGUCGCGCUAAAUAACUUCGAAAGAAGCAAAAAAAAAACACUCCAAAAUGCUCUCAAGAAAAGUAAAAAAAAAACGAGUGCGAUUUCAACCGAAAAUACACAAUGCAUGUCUCAAAAUACUACAUUGCGUAUUUGUAUACAACUUUUCUAGUCCGUCACAAUCGUAUAUAAUAAUUUCGAGUGUACACACCGACAACCGAACUACACAAAACGCAAUAUCCAAAAAUAACAAGAUUGGUAUAAAUUUAAACGAAGCGUUCAUUUUUUUUAUUAUAAGUUCACCCUGUUCGACAUUUCAUUCCGUUGAAAGUAACAGCGACCUAUUUGAUGACGGCAAAUACGAUUGUACGACGACGACAACGACAACAACGACAACAACGACAACAAGAACAACAACAACAAGAACAACAACACAUUAGCCGAAAUAAAGAAGAAGAAGGAAAGAAUUAAAAUAUAGCAAGUCGCAUAUUUUUAGAUUGUUCAGGUGUUGCUUUUCAUAUACGUGUGACCAAAAAAAAAAAGAGUAAACAGUAAUGACGACGAUGAUGAUGAUAAUAUAAUAGGCUUAUAAUAUGAUUGUUGUGAAUUGGAUGUGGUGCGCAUCAAUGAAGAGCAUACAGAUAUAUCGCUAGUGACUGGCAAACACACGAAAUUGUCGCUUUCAAUCGGCAUUGUUUUUGGUUGAGAGAGCAUGAGAUUGAUAGAGGCGCUGGAGCGACUUGAGAUGUUGUGUGUGUGCGUUCGUUUGCUUUGAUUGUAUGCAUGUCAUGUGUCAAUUGUGUGUCGAUUCGUUUCGUCCGUUUGGUCUCGCGCGCGCGUCUAUCUCUCACGCACGAAAUCAAUGUUUGACCAACUAAUCAAUUUACGAUCAUAUUAAUUUCCAUUGUUUCAAUUGAAACGGACAGUCUGUGCUCAGUUCGACUCAAUUUAUUUGAUUUAGCUGUGCCGAAUUUUUUCGGUUGCUUUGGUGGAAACGCUGGUGAGACAACGACCACAGUGGUGGCAGAGAUGAUGAGAAAUGUGGCACAGAGUGUCAGCCAGUGCCGACAGCCAUGAUGGACGACCUGUUCACACUGCUUCCGAUCAUUUCAACAGCCAGUCAAUGUAAUCACACAAUUUUCGGUCCACACGCAAUUUUCUUCACCUCACCGGGCUGGGCUGGGCUGGGCUGUGUGUAUGUUUUCCAUCGGAUGAUGCUGAAAUCAAAAUUUAUAUCCAAACUCAAAAAAUAGCAUCGAACGACAAAUAAAGAUAUAUUUGUUUAUAUUUCAUUUUAUAUAUCGGGUGGAUAAAUGCUAUUUUUGGCCAUUGUCGUUGUUGCCAUUGCCACACAGUGUCGCUUUGUCUCGUUGUCAGGUUACUCUCACUCUCGUUUUUCAACCUCACUCGCCUCUUGGCCACACUCUUAUUUGCGUUGAUUUGCAAUGCGUGACAAAUGAAUAAAAUUAUGCGUGUGUGUGUGUAUGUGAGUUUUUUUUUUGGCUUCGUUCGGGUAGAAUGAAUGACAUUUCGUGUUUCGCAUAUUUUUUUUAUCUCUGGAAAUUAAUGCAUGAAAACGUGUGGUCAAAGAUGCUCAGACUUAUUAUUUCCAUGUUUGCUCGAAAUGUCAUGCACAUGAAGAGAAAUGCUCGAUUUUUUCGUGUCGACAGUCGAAACGUCGAUUGAAAACAUUGAAAUGAACAAUUUUCUUUCGACAUGCAAAGAUGCACUCAAAAUGACCGAAAAUAAUUGAAUAUGAACACUGAAUAGUCAGUGGUGAAACGGGGAUCAAGGGUGCGAGCGUGGGAUCGAAGGAGAAGGAAAGAGAGAGGCCUAGAGAGGGAGAAUGAAAGAAAGAAAUCGAGUGUCCAAAAAUGAAAAUUCUGAAUUCAGUCACACCGAAGGUAUUUUAGUGUGGUGGAAAAUAUGUGGGUCGAUGGCAUCGAUGGCGAUAUGUCGAUGAAAAUAUGACGAUUUUCGUUUGCGGAAAAUCAGAUUUGUUUCGCUUCGACAAAUUAUCGAAUCAUUCGUCGGUUGAAAUCGGCAUGUGCUAUUUUUCAUCAUAGUCAUUGGAAUGAUUGACACUUGUUUACCUUGUGUACUUCUCCAUGUUUGUUGAUAUGCUGAGAUCAAAUAUACACCAAUUUCCGGGGCUCUGUCUUAGGCCUUUUGAAUGGCAACCGUUGUUUGAUGCAGUGUGUCGGCUUAUUAGAUAUAGUAUGUUCGACGAGUGCUUGUAUCUCAUCAACACUAAUCGGAGCUUACCAUCUCCGCGAAUAUGACGCAUUCAUCAAAGCGAAGGAGGCGUUCGUUUCCAUUUCGAUAAACAAAAUCAAAGGCAUUUUCAUGAUUAUUCAUUUUCAAGUUGAAAAUUCCAACUUAUUUUCAACUUGUGUGCGUUUACAUCAAUUUUCAUACGAAAAAAAAAAACCGGAAAAUAUUCCCUACCCAUUUUCUUUGCACUACGAACAGGCAUAUGAUGCUGAGACAUUCGAGCCUGUUGGCGAUCUUAACGACGGGCCAACCCAUUUGUUCGGCAAGUGAAACAACAAUAUUUUAUUUGGGUGUUGAUUUCCAAUUAAAAUAACUCCAAGGCACUGGAAAGAAUAAAAAAAAUAAAUAGCCGCACCGAAUUAGAAACCAGCACGAGUUUUACCUUGAAAAAUGCUCGCAAGACAGAGUUUUUUUUUCUCUCAAAACUCAACGCGAUGGAGAAUUUUCAAAUGAAAUCGAGACGCAAAUGAGAGAGAUAGACUCAGGAUAGUAUCCUUAACCAUGGAAAUAGGAAAAAUGCGUCAAAUUUCACCGUGAAAAUUGGAACGAAAAUUCGGGUCGGUUGCGCCUGUGAUAAAUGUCGAACGAAAUAAAUUGCGUACUUGCUUUGGGUUCAGUCGACACCGUCACAGCGAUGAACGAUUACAGUUACAUGUACACAUUUUAAUUCCGUUUCAAGCCUGCCUUGUUGUGCCCAUUCCUCCGUGCUGUUCAUGAUUUUUGUUGGUGUUGUUGUGGUGGUCCGAUGGACGUCAUUACAUUUCUAUUUCUGCUGUGCAUCCCAUUUGGUGGGUUUAGCCGAAGCUCAUCCCGGCCGACCGAUCGAAAUGGUCGUGUGCGUUCGACGGUUUGUUUCACUUCUCUCCGUUUAUGCGUUAUAUAUGUGUGUGUGUGUGUGUGUGUGUGUGUGUGCAUGUCGUUUUCGAUUCUUUUCUUGUUUGUUUUGUUUUCCCUCUAUCGAUAUGUUGUUGUACGUUGUUUUUCUUUUUUCGGUUUUGUUCACAUUCAAUCAAUAUUACGUGGAAUAUUCAACAAUCAGCGUCAAAUGAUGACUCGGUGUCAGAGUGCUUGACAAGUGAAUAAAUAUUUAUCAAGCAAAUAAAUAUAAAGUACUUUCUACUACACUCUUUUCGGUUCUGUUGUGGCCCUUUUACUGCGCUUUUUUUCUCUUCUUCUUGUUCUAGUUCGCCCUCGGUUUUUUUUCCCUAUUUCUAUUCAUUUGCCUUCUUACUACUUGCGACCCUUGUGUCGAUUCAAAGCCGAAACAAUUAUAACUUACGGACCGUAACUUACGAUGUAAAAGGCACAAGCUCAUUUGCAAUUGUCAAUCAUUUCUGGUGCAUCUGAAGCUCAAUCGAUGUGCACCAAGAAAAAGCCCCUCAUCAUCCGCUCAUCUGAUCGCUGUGUGGAAAUUCCAACGCAUAUUCUGCGUACAGCUCAACUCUGACUGUGAUGUUUGUAUGCAACUGGGUGCGCGCACCAUAAUUGAAUUUGUGCGUGGGAUGAAUGCUUCGUGACAGAUACGCAACAACUCAACUUCGAUACGGGUUGUGACUGAAGGGUUGGCACACACGUACAUACACAUAAACACACUUUUUGCGCACUUGUUGCCUGACACUGAGCAUUACAAAUGACCCUGCGUGAGAUUGUUUUCAUUGGUUAUUGUUUCAGACAAUGUAAAUAUCGCAUCUUCGACAGCAGAGAAAAAAAACCGAGCUGUGUGUGCUCGCGUGCGACAGCAUGAGAGAGAUGGAGAGAGAACAAGAGUGAAAAAGAACGAGAAAGGGAGGAGAAAGAGAUGGGAAGAUGGCGAGAGAGACAGCAAACGGACAGCAUUUCGAAUUAGAAGACAAUUGAUAAAGCAUAUAUAACAAAUUGAAAGGGAAAACACACGUGAAUGUCAAUGGAAAUUUCCACACUCACAAAUCGAGCGAUAAUUGAACAUUAAAUUCGGACUUUUAUGCUCGCUCUUUGAUAUGUCUGCCCGUAUUUGCAAACAUCGCAAAUGCUCAUGACUCAUCUCAUCGGCGAUGCGGCAUCGCACAACUUUCAACUGAUAAAUAUGCACGAAUUUCGUUCGAUUCGAAAAGAACAAACGACGUUUGUCAAACGUGUUAUUUUCGGUCUGCAAGAAGUUUUAUUUUAAUUCAUUCGACCAACAAAAGUUGUGUUCUAUGCCUGUCAUUUAGUGGAAUUUCACAUUCCAGACAUACAGCAACUAAGUGACCGAAUAAUCAGUUGUUCGGAGUUUUAAGCCUUGAGUUGUAAAAUUGAAUUUAGUUUAUUUGAAUUGUAACAUGUACAUAAAAAAAAAAACCAUCAGCAUGGUAAAUGAGGUGACACACGAAUGCAUUUGCUCUAAACGAACUUCUAAUUGACCACCGCCAAUACGAAAUUACAUUUGCCAUACAUUUUAACAACUUCAUUGCUCGUCCGGUUCUCACUCACUCGCUUCUCUCUCUCUCUGUUUCUCUGUCUCUCUUUUUCUAUCUAUCUAUCGCUCCCUCUUUCUUCCUCUCUCUCUCGCCUUCUUUUCCACUUGCCCUUUGGUUUGAUCGCUCUCACUCGCCCCUUUCUCCAUAUCACUUCAACAAAUCUACCGUAUCUUAUUGAAGGGUAAUCCAAUUUAAUCAACAUUCAGCAUAAAUAACCACAUAUACACACAAUCCAAAAUCAAAUGAAAAUUAUUCACAUCGAAUUGCCACAACCGAUAUAUAUUUAUAGCCGAUGGAAUGGUCUGAAAUCCAUAUGAAAUGAAUAUGCUCAAGCAUUUAUUGUUUCGCAUAGAAUCAAUUGCGUCAUCGACCUACUAUUCAAAAAUCAGUUGUUUGGGUUUGUUAUUACGGUUUUGAAAUGGUUUUGCUUUGGCUUUUUUCCACACACUAUCAACGCAUACACACAGAAACCAUCACUUUGAAAAGGAUACCUUUUAUCGAUGAUGUCAUUUUUUUUGGUCAUUUCGACUUUGAUUCCAGUCCUCGUAUGUCAGUCUACCUGUUUUGUUUCUUUUUCUGUAAAAACUUUGAUUCGUUUCUCCCAUUGGACUAUAACUCGACCCUUAACAUGGUUAAUUUUACUUUGAUAUACACGAAAAUAGCAUUGAUCGAAGGAAGAAAUACAUUUCGAAAGUAGAAAUGAUUUCUCAUCUUCAAAAUAAUGGUUAUUUCCUGGAGUGGUUUCGGCCAAAUGCCAAGGCCAGGUAAAACAAUGCCGAUAAAACGACACAGAAUAUGAAUCUAACAGAUGGAAACAAUCGAAUGAAACACAUGUUUCGGUUGAAAAAAAAAUGCAUUCAGACAAUUUGAAAAGUGCGCAAUUAUUGGGCGUCAAUUAAGAGUUCGUUAACACUUUCCACGAGACUUUUCGCGAAAGCACGUACAAUGAAUGCAAAGGUUGUAGCCAAAUCAAGUUCACGUUAAUUCAAUUAAUUCGAACAUUCUUCUGUGCUGCAAAAUGCACCACAUUCGCCCAUUAUUUUCGUGGAAAUACACGUAACGGAGGUUUUUCGCGCGAAAUUUUUUCGAAUAAUUCGAACGAUUCUUCGGAAAAAAUUCACGUGGAUCGAUUGAAGAGGUGAUGCAAAAGUGAUUAUAUUUUCAAUGAUGUAUGUAUUGACAUCCAACGAUGAAUCUAAUGCAUCCAUUUUUACGCAUGAUCUAGGUUGUUUCAAUUGGAGCGAAAUAUCAAAGAAGACUGUGACUGAGUAGACUGAUGGAACGUUUGUAAUACGUAGAUUUAACAUCUUUCAUGGCAAAAGAAUCGAUUUUCAAAUGAAAUCUUAUAUUUAGAAAAGGAUCGAUUUCCAAAAUUAAUGAAUGAAAGAACCACGAAAAAAUGUUCAAACAUGUUUACAAAAACUUUUGGGCUUGAACCAUGGAUUAUUUUAAUGGUCCGUUCUAUAUGGCAAAAUUCUAUUGUAUGUGUUAUUUUGCCAUAUAGAACGGACCAUUCAAAUAAUCCAUGGCUUGAACAAAAUUUUAUUAAUAUUGUUUAAAAAGCUGAUUGCCUUACGGCAUCUGAUCUGUUUCGUGAUAAUGAUGGCCUCAAAUCCUCUCUAACCACAUUUCUUCUCUCACACACUCUAUCGAAAGCCAGGUCUUGAUAAACCCAGGUCUUGAUUUUUAUCCCGAGAAAAAAAAAAUCCCCAAAAAAUGACUAAAAAAAUGCAGUACAACUAAACUGAGCUUCGGCUUCAAUAGAGAUAAAAUCAUGACUUGAUUGGUACAAAAUCAAAUGAAUUCACCGGUGAAAGCCGUCACAUUGAUUGAUAAAACGGGUAAGUUUGAUUUGAAAAGUUAGCAAAAAAAAAACUCUUCAAUAAAAGUUGUUACCACAAUAAAGUGUCUUCAUUUGAUUGGCGUUUUCAUGUCCAAACCUUAUUCGUGAAUUGUAAUGAAAACGCUAUUUGUUUGAAAGAAUUUCAACUAUUCCGUUUAUAAAAUGCAUAAAAUAAUUAUAAUAAAUGCAACUUGUUUGCCAUUGCGCUCUCUUCUCUCUGUUCUCGCUAGUUCCAUUGAAGCGGAAAUCAGUUCGUGUCGGCUGCAAUUGUUGCAAAAACGUGUCGAGAGUAUUAUUCAAUUUACGUCACAUCAAGAUAUGGGCGAUAAUGUUUGACUACACCGUAUUUGUGGAAUAAAUACAGAAACACACAAUUGGAAUUGGAAUGUGUGCAUCAUGAAAAUAGCAAUUAAAAGUUUGCGUUGAAAAAAACCAUUGUCCUUAAAUAAGCGCAUUUCAACUGAUUUUUAGUGGAUUACGAUUCGGAUUAUUUCCCGUUAGCUUGGCAACUGCAGUUCGUGCUGCACCUAUGAAUUCAGGCAAACCAACCUAUGACGACGGUAAAAUGGGGCAUCAAAACCCAGAAAAAUCAUUGAAGAGUGAAAUUAAUUAGUCAAAGACGAUCAAUCGUACACGAAAGUGUUGUGGUCCAUAUAAAAAGUUUGAUAACAUCAUUGAAUGCAAUCGAUUGGUGACACGAACGAUUGCACGCUCCACAAACGAAAAAUGCAAACACCGCCGAUAAAAUUGACUGGAUCUAGAAAAAAAGUUGAAUACAUUACACGAGACACUAAACACAUUUAAUUUGUAUUGGUGCUUCCCCUCUCGUCCAAAUCGAUAAUAAUAAUAAUGAGUGUGGAAAAGUGUGGCUGUGAUUGUCCAUAAUACCUAUGGCACUGCUACUUGAUAUACAUCAAAAACCGAUUUUAUUUAUCGGUAUUCGCCUGGAAACGGUGCUAUUUAUUCAUUUAUAUUUGAAUGAGAAGGAGAAAUAAGAAAUAACAUAUAGUAUAAAAGGUUUCAAUAACGUCAGUUUUACUAAAUAGACCCUUUGGAUGUAAUUUUCCUCAUUAAAUGCUGAUUAGCCGUGAUUGCGUCUCUCUGUCACUUGCAACGGCAAAAACUUGUUUCGUUUUUUCUGUGAUUUGUGGAAAAAGUUGAUUUUAAUUGGUUUCGGUGACUGCAUCUGAGCAAUUGUUCUAGGUGAUGAUUUGAAAGCCAUCCAGGGCAUUUUUACCGUUCUGAAAUGUGAUGAUACAAUUGAUACGUAAAUUCGAUUUCACCUUUUUUGAAUCGAUGAUUGUGCUGGCUAACGCUAAGCCAAAUCAACUAAAUAUUGUGCUUUUUGUUAAGUACAAUGUUCGUUAUUCUGCUGUUCGUUCAAGCUAGAUAGCUGAAUGGAAGAUCCUUUGAAAAAAAGAAGAAGAAGGGUAUUGGUUUCGGACAUCAGGGUGGUUGGUAUAGGAUUUUUUUUGUAUGUGUGUGUUUCGAUCUAGAAUAGAAUGUCAAAUUUUCUAUCUUUUGUACUGUUUGACUUGGCCUGGCUUGGUCAACUUGGCUGGAAGCACAACGAAUCAAAACAACAAUGAGAAAUCAUAGCAACGGAAAAACGACAGAAGCAGAAAUCAAUACACAACAAAAUAACGAUUCAAAUGCACGGAGGCCAAUAGAAAGAAGCUCUCUCUCUCUCUCUCUCUCGCUCUCCUGCAAACGAACGAAUGCGAAGGAAUGAGCGAGCGAGCAAGCAAGAGAGUGAACGAGAUAGUGAACGAGUGAGCGAAAACAUGAACGAGAGACAGAGAGAGAGCGAACAGGUGAGAGCAUAAGCUCGUGUGUGCCUCACUCUCUUUCGCCUGUUCACGUGUAUGGCCCCGAUAUGCGACUUCGUCGUUGUUGUCGUUUGUUGAAACAAAACGAUGAAUGGUAUAUUCAAUCCUCGUCCACAUCCGUAUCGCGCGCGUUGUUGAAUAUAAUUGUUCUACAUGUGUCUGUGUGUGGCUGUGCUGCAAAGACGAAGCAGGCAGAAGCACCUGCAGUAUCGUUUUCGACAUUCAUCAUUCUCAUAUCAUAGCGCACACGAACGGAAUCGAUUCACACUCGAUUCGAGUUGGCUCGUGUGUAUCAAUGCUGUAUGAUGUUUACUAUAUAGCUCUGUGUAUGUUUUGUAUAUAUAGCGGUUUACAUUUUUACUUCUUCUUCUUCUUCUUUUUUGGUAUGAAAGCCGUGUUGCUGUUGCUGUUGUUGUUAUAGACAUCCAUGUUGAAGGUCGUGCGUGUGUUGCUCCAGCAACAUGCCUGAUGACGUAAAUUCAAUUGUGGAAAAACAUUCCCUGUCUUCGAUGUUGCUUUUUUUUUCAUUUGCCAGGCAGCAAAAAAAAAACCAUACACAUACACCGAGAGAGUGAGCGAGGAAUUAUUGCCAUUAAAAUGCGAUAUCGCAACCGUGGAGCAAAGUAAUAUGAAACGCUGGGCUCUGUUGAUUUGAAUGUGUCGAUGACGGUUAUGGUGGUAGUGGUGGUGAUGGUGUUGUUUCAUUUUUAUGUGCCCAUGGUACGUGGUAUUUUUGUCCUCGAUGUGCUUACUUAAAUACCUGCAAAAUAUGUGAGCUGUUACUUUUUACUUUGUGCGAGAAAAUUGAGCGCAAUACACGCGGCUAUAUCUGAAUUGCCACGGAAAUUAUUAUUAUUCGCAGCGAGAAAGAGAGACGGAGAAGGAGGGGGGGUAGCGAGAAAAAAGUGAAUUAUAAUCAAGUAGCAACAGAGAACAUUUUCUUCGGUGUCAACACUCGAAUUGCAGUGAUCAAAACCAGAAUUUGCUUAUGCAAUGGCAAUGGCCUAAGAUUGAGCAUUUGCAUUCAGUCAAACAUAUUUAUUUCCCACAAUAAAUUCGACAUACACAUACGCACACGCAUACACUCAGUUUUCCCCAUUGAAUCGCUAAUUGCCCAAAUGAUCUGAACCAAUAAAAGCAACAACCGCAUAUUCUGCGGUGCGUUUUGUUAUCACACGAAUUAAGCUGCUCCAUAAAAAAUGUUAUCACGUUUGUGGCUUUUUUUUCGUCGUCGUCUUCACCUCUCUUUCUGCAAUGUUGACUUCUUGUUAAAUGAGGCGGUGAUUCAACAAGAAAAAAAGAAACACGGCUCGGUAUGCAUCGUCAUCCGUUCCAUCGUAAAUUAUAUCCAGUUUUAAUUGGGCGCUUUUAAAGCAUUUUGGAUGAUUAUAAAUGCCAUAAAUGACAUCAUCAGUCAUGGAAUUGAUCACUGAAUGUACUUGGUUUUGAGCGCACGAAUGAGCAAACGAACAAAAAAGAUUUGACUGAAUGAAAGAUGGUACAAACUGAAGAUUAAGAUGCAAAGAGAGCGUCUUGUUGGCAAUUCGACCGUUUGAAACACUGACUUCCUUUAUUGGUAUCUAUGUUUGUUGUUGUUGUCGUCGUCGUCAUUUUUUGUUUCAUGCAAUCCAGUAACGGUUUGAUUGGUAAAAAUAAUCACCGAUUGCCAAAACUAGCUCGAAAAGUAGCUCAAAACUUAAAAAAAAGCUAUACAAAUCGCCGAUUAGAUACUUUCACUGGAGAAGUCAUUGCACUUUGACUAUUCGAAAAGUCUGGUUUGGUAUUCGAUUUUGAGAUACACACCUUUCUCUUGCCAAAUUAAAGCAACCGAUUACAAGAACCAUAACCGCACACAAUACAGAAAAAAUAGCGUAGACCAUCCAUCAAAUAUUUAAGUCAAAUUUUUUUUUCUGCCAUUGAGAGCUUGUGUGAUAAUAAAAGUUGAAAAAGAAGAAGAAGAAACAAAAAAUUGGUGCAGUUCGAUGGUUCUUGAAAUUAAUUUGAAGAUAUUUGGUUCAUAUAUGAACGGAUGGAUUGUUCCGAAUCGGAAUAAAAGUUUCGUUAAUUUUUUUGGGAGUACGUGUUUUAUUUGGCCAUUUUUGUUACCAUCACCAUCAAAUUCAUUAUUACAACGGUAAAACUAAUUUGAAUUUGAGUGUGAAUUGAGAGCGCGUUCUAUCGGGCAUAUGAUGUGAUUUUUUGCAACAUAAUUCCGCUCUUCCUCAAUGAGAGAGUCAUGAUUUAUCUGUUCCCCAAUGAGAGAGAGAUACAUAAAGAGAGAGAGAGAGAGAGAGGUAGAGAGUCUAAACUUUGUGCUUGUUCUCUUUGCAUCGGUACAAAAAUACGAUCGAAUCGUCCACACGCCAAUCGAUUCAAGAUGUAAUUUUAUAAGAGCAACUCACCAGAACGGUGAAUAGGCGAGUGAACAAGAAAGAGGAACGAGUGUGUGAGUGUGAAAGAGAGACGGGGAAUUCAUUGAGCAUGUUCAAUAGGAUGCGCUUUUGAUUUAAAUUUAAAUCAAUUCAAUUGAAUUUGAUUCUUUAAAGUAUGAGUGAUGAUUUUGCGGCAUGGGCCAAAGCGAGAGCGAAAGCGUGUGUGUGUGUGUGUAUGCUAUUUUCAUCCGAAUAUGUCAGCCACCACAAACAAUGGUCAUGAGCAAGGAGCAAAUAGCAUCAACAACAACAACAUCGACAUCAACUACCAAAGCAAAGCAAAGCAAAGUAAAGCAUUGCCUGAUCGGUGUUAGUGUGCGCGCAAAGCCAAAACAAGCGGCCAGAAUAAGCAAACACCGAGCGCAAAAUAAGUAAAAAUAAAAAGGAAUCCGUUAUAUCCUAUUUUUACUAUUUUUCGACAUUUUAAUGAUUUUUUUUCGGUUGCUGCUGCCUUCAUCAUCUGAAAAACCACUUCUUAUUUUUGUUUCCCUUGCUCUUUCUCUCUGGCGCGCGCGCGCUCUCUCUUUUCAACAAAACGCCGAAGUUACUCUCGGAAAUUUUAUUAUUACCCUACAUCUACCGAUUUCAUUCUCCCAAACGAGAGGCCGAGUGAGAGAGCCGCCGUCGCCGCCGCCGCCGCCGCCGCUGAUUCUCUUUGUGAUCUGUGUUUGUUGUAGGAGACACACCGAAUGAUGCGCGCAUGAAAAUUUAUUUUUGUUAUUAAAAAAAGAAACCGAAACGAAACGGCCCAUGCCACGGUUGGCUCUGUUGCCGUUGUUGUUGUUGUUGCUACACGGUUAUUUUUUUGUUAGUGCGCGCCGCAACCGCUUCAUCUUCAUCAUCAGCAUUUAGUAUGAAUUGAACGCUCAUAUAUUAGUUGAUUCAAUUAUUUUCGGUUGGAUGGUAUCGACCAGCAACAAAACGGAUUCCGAAAGGAAUUUGAAUCAUACAGCAAAAAAAAAACUCUUUGAAAGUCAUCAGAAAAGUGCUUGUCAAACGGAAGCGAAAAAAAAAACAGUUUUUUAAUAAUGGGUAUUGAUGAUCAGGUUUUCGAUCAACGGUCAAUGGGUUUGAUGUUGUCCAGUGCAUGGCCAAACAAUGUGACUGUUUGCCAUUUCGAAGUGGUGUGUUGUGUGAUGUGUGCAGGUGAAUUGCAGUGCACAAAUUGUCCAGGUGAACGGAACUCAUACAAAUAUUGCGGUGGAUGACGGUUAAUUUUUUUUAUCGCGAAUGUGCAGACCCAUGGCCAACAGUGAUAGUCAAACUCGGACUAGUGAUAGUGAGUGAUGAAGUGAUAGCGACGAUCUUAUGAUGUGCGUGUCCUUUUGAUUCAAUUACAUUCGGUUGCCGCGAGUUUUGUUUGUGUGCGUGUGCGUGCGUUCGUUCGUUCAGCUCCAACGUAAUAAGCUCCUAUAAGUUUGUUCCAAUAAACGUGCAUUUUGUGCUUUUUUUUUGACUCAAUUCAAUUGUUUGGCUCCAAUCGAUGACACAAAAGUUCCAUUUUCUUGGAUGGUAAAAAUAAAAACGGUGAACACUUCGACCAAAUCAACAACAACGUCAAUUAAAAUAAAAACCAAUCAAUUGCUAAUGCGCACUUUUCGAUACCAAUUUUUAUUCGAUUUUUUUUUUCUUCUGCGUUUCGUUCUCCGUUCGGGAAUCUAUUCCUUUUUAAAUAUAGUAUCUAUCAGUUGUAUCAAGUCCCGAUGUAAAUGCCAUUAUUGUCAGUUUUAUUUAAAGAUUUGUUUCAACUUUCAACGGUAUUUUUAUUUCAUCUUUCCGAAUCGCAACGGUUAUUUUGGUUUUUGGAUAUUUGCCAAACAUAUCGUGUCACCGUUGUGUUGCUAAUAUCCCCGGCAAUUGUGGUCAACGACGACGACGACGAGUAGCAUCAAUAUUCAGUCACAAAACUGGAAAUCCAAUCGCAAAAUUGGUUAGAAGUUCGGUGAAGUAAAUGAUGGUGCUAAAACAUAGGCGUUGACCUGGUCUGGUUUUUUAAGAGCAACAUUUUCAACAUUGGGACAGCGUUGUUGGAUCAGAAGUAAAGAAAAAAAAAAUUCCGAGCUGAAAAACCCAUACACACACUGUGAGAAUUUUACAGCGGAAAAUGAAUAAAGUAUAGUCAAUUAUUAGACGAGUAAAUUUUGAGCUUCUAACAUUUAAAAAAAAAACAGCGGAAAAUAAUCACCGAAAACCGAACGGGAAAUUAAUUAACGAGUGAACUUAGGCGGAUAUAAACAAGUGAAAUAAAAACAGUGUUGCAAUUAAAUGCCAAACAAAUUCACAGGCAAAUCAACAAUUUAGAGACAAUUCAACCCAAAUUGAAAGGAACUUUUUAGUUAAGGCAUUUUCAAUCGAGGAGAAGAAAAAACUACAAAAUUCGAUAAUUAUUUAGUUAAAUUUGUUGACGUUACAACCAUGGGUAGAAAGAAAAUUCAAAUAUCCCGAAUUACGGAUGAACGGAACCGACAGGUCACCUUCAACAAACGUAAAUUCGGUGUUAUGAAGAAAGCGUACGAAUUGUCCGUGCUAUGCGACUGUGAAAUAGCAUUAAUAAUAUUUUCUAGCAGUAAUAAAUUGUAUCAAUAUGCCAGUACAGAUAUGGAUAAAGUGCUACUGAAGUAUACAGAAUACAAUGAACCGCACGAAAGUCUAACAAACAAAAACAUUAUUGAGAAGGAGCAUAAAAAUGGUGUGAUGUCACCGGAUUCACCGGAACCAGAAGCUGAUUACACGUUGACACCUCGAACUGAGGCCAAAUACAAUAAAAUCGAUGAGGACUUUCAGAUGAUGAUGCAACGAAAUCAGCAGCAACGUGUUGCUAUAUCGGGAGCCAACUAUACACUUCCAGUCACUGUGCCAAUUACCGCCAAUUAUGGUGAAUCGGGCAUGCUACAGGCCAGCCCACAAAUGGCACACACAAACAUCAGCCCAAGACCAUCCAGCUCGGAAACGGAUUCAGUUUAUCAAACAAAUUCGAUGCUUGACAUGUCGAAUGGAUAUCCAAAUUCAGCAUCACCCCUUGGUGGAUCGCCGAGUCCAGGACAAAGCCCAAAUAUGGGCGUACAUCAUAGCAAAUCUUCGCAUCACAUCGGUCAUCGACAGCAUUCUCCCGGUGGGCAAGCGGUGCGCAACUCCAGUCUGAGGGUCGUGAUACCCGGAUCAAUGAACAAUUCUGGAUUGCAGGCCAAUGAUGAGAUUACGUACAAUGAGCAUCGGCAACAAUCAUCCAUAAAUACUCCUGUUGUUGCGUUACAGACGCCAGGCAUUACGGGACUAUCAUAUCCAGCGUUAAGCUCAUUUGGAGCUCAGGAUUUUUCUAUUAAUUCAACCGAUGUUAUGAGCUUAUCGAAUUGGAAUCACCAAAAUAUCAGCAAUUUACAUCAUACAAAUUUGUCUCAUCUGGCUGUAUCAAAUAGUACGCCGCCCCCAAGUACAUCACCAAUAGCAAUCAAAGUAAAAUCGGAACCGGUGUCACCACCGCGGGAUCAUCACUUGGCGCACACUCAAAGCUCAGCUAGUCUAUCGAUAACAACGAUGAAUAAUGCCACAUCAAAUUCGAGCGUAUUAAAUCAUCCGCAACAGCAUCUGAUCAUGAGUUCAAGGCCAAAUUCGACGGGUGGUCAUUUGACACCGACACCAGGUAGGCCUUAUUUCGGAUCUGUGACACCGACGAAUGUAUCAUCACCGAGUGACUUGCAUCGGCACAAUAACAGCGCUCACCUACAAGAUUAUGAUUCGCCGAAUCAGAGCCACAAAAGGCCGCGAAUAUCGGAGGGCUGGUCAACAUCCGAUCAACUAUGACCAACUAUGACAAAAUGCGUGUAAACCGUAGCAAACAAGUGAAGUGAAGAAGAGGAGGAGGAGGAUGAGGAUGAGAAAGAAGAGGAAGUUCCGUGCAAUAUGUUUGCUAGCAACAACAAAGUAAAAACCCAACCAACCAGAUGUGUGAAAAUGCGUAUGUAUUUUCGUCGCAGACAAAAAGUAAAACGAAGAAAAAACCAAAAACCAAUCAACGUUGAUGCAUAAGAAGAAGAAAAGUCACUCUAUUGUUCACUGUUCGUUUGCAACGGUGUUACAUCUCGCUGUCCAAGUUUUUAAGCAUCAAAAACAGCCGUACAACAAAGAGAUCGAGAGAACAAUUCGGGAGUACAGUCAUAGUAGCAGCAGCAGCAGGGUGAAAAAAAUCGUGACAACCGUGUAAAACAAGAUCAUACAUAAAUCAAUUUGAAGCUGAUAAGAAAAAGAGAAAAAAAAAGAAAAACAACAAUUAAAAAAAAAACACACAGAGAGUUUUAUCAUUACCAAAAUUACACAUUUAAAUUAUAAUUAAAAGAAAAGAACGAGAGAAAUGCAACAGCGUAAAAAAAAUGGAAUUACCAAUCGUAUGCGUGAAAAGAUGGAAAAUCUUACUAUUAUUUGUAAUGGUUGUUAAUGUUUUUUUUCUUUUCGCUGAGACCUACGUUUUAAAUGUAAAAAAAAAGAAGAGAAAGAAAGAGAUAGAAAGAAACAAACAAACACUUAUUUUGCUAAGUUAAUUCAUAAGAGAAAUCAGAAAUUCAUUUUGCUGUCAAACAAACAAAACCAAUCGUAAUGGAAAAAAUUCUAUAAAACAUACACUAAGCCACGCCAAACAUCUAAACUCACAUACACACUCUCUCACAACCACACACACACACACACGCUAAAAUCACUUGAUUUUAAAAAGAGAAAAAAUGCUGAAAAAAAUGAUAAAUAUUAUAUAGAUAUUCACACGAAUCCUUCUUAGGCCAUAGCGUGCACUAGAUAAACACACAUACGUAAAUAGAGGAUACAAAAAAAAAACUGAGUCAUGGGAUAGGGUGAAAUGCGAGUCAAGAGAAUACUUGAUGAUGAAAUAAACGAUGGUUCGACAAGAGAGCAACAGACGAUUGACAAAAACCAAAAAAAAAAGAAUAAGAAGAAACGAAGUAAAAACAACCAUACAUCAAUUGAUUUCGAUGCGCACUCGAAAUCACGAUGUAAAUAUUCUACAAAAACGAGCUUAACGUAUGUGAUUUUUCGUCUUAUUCGCAAACACACUGUGAACGGGGGCAAAUACACAAAAAUACACUUAAACAUACACACAAAUCUAUUUUAUUCACUUCAGCCUCGAUCUUGAUGAGAAUAUCCCCGUCUUUCAAUCGAUUUUGUAUUUAUUUCUUUUGUUUUGUUUUCAAAAUCGUUUUCUUUUUUUCCCGAAAAAAAAACAAACAACAAAUUUGGCCGAACAGUUCAAACAGCCACGCGAUACAUUUUCAUUUUCCUUUCUGAAUACGUGAGAGAAAAGUAAAGAACAUCUAAUUUAGCUUAUAAUUAUCAAAGUAAGAAAAAAAAAAUAUUGACACAGAAAAAAAUUGUUAUUGUUUGUGGAAAUUUUGUCACUAUUAUUAUUGAGAAGAAGAAAAAAAAAACUACAAAAAAAUAAUCAUUUUUUUUAUUAGGUAUGAUGGCAGAAAUAAGUCCUUAUGUGUAUACACGUUAAAUGACAAACUAAGAAGAAGAUGAAAAAAAAAUGUAAGAAAUGAAAACACAUUUUAAGAAAAUCUAUGUAUAAAUACGGAAAUGGAUUGACCAAGUCAAGUGGAUUUUUUGUAGUGUAAAACCGAUAGAAGAAAAAGCUGGUUGAGCGAACAUGGUAAAUCCGAAUUACGAAUGGAGAUAAUGCACGCGUGUGGGCCAAAAAAUGUAUUAUUAAAUGCAUGUUAUAGACAAAUAGAGAGACGAUGAAAAGAGAGAACAACCACUAACCAACCAAAACUGAUUAUUUUUUUUUAGUAAAGACAGUAGUUUAGUGAUGCGAUGAUGAGGUACGGUUCCAAUGUUUUUCGAACCAUGUUUGACCAUAUCUCCAUGCGCAUUCAUUUUUUGAGAGCUUAUUGUGGAAAAAAUCGCCUGAAAAUUUCAUUUCUUCUUUUUGUCAGACAAAACGACAAAAGAAAACACUUUUACCUGAACCAGAGAUAUUGUUCGAGGGAUAUGGGAUGGGUCCAUUGAUUUAUUAAAUGUAACCAAGAUUCAAAAAGUGGUGUUGUUUUAUUUUUUUUUAGAGCAAAAUAAAUAAAAAGAGAAAUCAUUGUUUUUUUUUUUGUUUUCGUAGCAUAGUCCACGGUCUUUGUACAACUUAUGAUGUGAAUACCAAAAUGUGUGCGUACACUUCUCAAUCUGUCCAUUCUCUGCUGUCGUUGAGCUCUGCCGCCUCAGCCAGAUUCAACAUACAAUGAAUUUUGAUACCAAAUCACAUUUACCAUUGGUUGAAUUAGAUUCUGGUGUGAGAGACGUACGCGAAAAGAACGUUUUUGCCAGUAGGAUACCGAUUAAGAUUCAAGUUUAAUGAUCUACUGGAAAAUGGUGUAUUUGGCUCUGAUUUGAGCUCAAUUUUAAGUUGAACGAAAUCAUUUCUCUCAAUUUUCUUCGAUCGAAAUUAUUUCUCUCUUUCGAUGAUGAUGCGUGGGGGGAAUGGAUGGAUCAAGCAGAGUGCCAAUCACGUGCAAAUAGUGCCAAUUAAUCGGUUUAAAAGUCGAAAAUCCUAAGUUGACCGAACUGUGUACACAUACCUUUUAGGAAAAUCAAGACGUCUUGUUUUUCUCUCUCACGCAACAUUUUGUACAGAGAAUAUAAAUAAGAGACAAUUUUUAACUUAUAUUUUUCAAAAUGAAAUCGAGUCAUGAAUUGCUUCUGUUUCGAUGGUCGAUAGAGAAAGAGAAAGAGAAAGAGAGAGAAAGAGGAGAGAGAGUGAAUGCAUCAUUUUAGGAGAUUAUUUUCGAGGCAAGAAUGUGGCAGAGAAUUAGGAGGCAAUUGUGUGAAUUGAAUUGAUGAUGGGCGACAAUCUUCAAGCGACGGGAAACAAUUUCAAAGCGAACAAGGGCGGAAAAAUAAGAACAAUAGCCCUGCAUCGGAUAUACGGUGCUAAAAAGCUGAAAAAAUGCUAAAGAGAAGAAAAGGGGAAAGAUAAAAAUUUGUACCAUAAGAUCGCAUUUGGCGGUGUCAAUAAAAUAAAGAUCGUUAAUUCAACCAACUGAUCUUUGGCGAUUCACACAAGGUUAACGCCCCCAGCAACCAAUGCCAACUAACAUCUCAAUAGAUAUGAUAUUUAGAUAAAUAUAUUUAAAAUGUGAGAUAGAUUGAAUGACAGUAAAGAAUACAUGUGAGAAUGCAAGCCGUGCCGUACGUGAAACUAUGUGAAAGCCGUGACGAAAUUGAUAAGCUUUAACAUGAAAAAUAAACCCUAAAGAAGAAGAAAAAAACACUUUACCUAUUGAACUUAUGUGCCACUCUUCCUACGACUAUUUUGUGCUUUUCAACCGAUUAAAAACUCAUUGUAAAUUGAACUAUAUCUCAUUUUUAAGACGUUUUUUUUUUAAAUCGAUUCUUUUUGUUCAAAGUAUUUUUCUAUCGAUUCAAACCAAUGCCUUCGAAAUUUCUCUAUUUUUUCUUCUUUCAAUUUUCCCCUAACUUUUCUCUUAAUCUCAUUCUCUUUCAAUUUGUUUCUUUCGAUUUUCCUUUACUUUUUUGCUUUCAUCCGAUUUUCAGUCGUUUCACGCAAAAUCCAAAUCUUAGCUUCAAUCUACCGAUUGAUCAAUGGUGCCGAGCUGAAAGUUUCAGUUUCAUCGGCCAGAUUUAGUCAUCGGCCGCAGGCUCCUUUGCAUCGGAUUGUUUUUUUUUUUUAAUUUCACUUUCUUCUUGUCAAUCAAUGCUUGAGCAGAUUUUUCUUCAAAUUUGAUUUUUUUUCUUCAUCAAAUUUUUUUUCCAACAUUUUUGUUUCAAAUUUCUCAGUAAUUUUCUCUACGUUUCAAAAUUUCUUCACUAAUUUCAUCAAGUUUUUGUUCAAAUCAAAUAUAUUAAAUUGAUAUAUCAAAUUGUUCUCAUUUUCUUCAAUAUUUUUUCCUAAAGAUUUUCUCAAAAUAAAAAAAGUUCAGUUAAUUUUUCUUCGAUCAAUUUUCUUCUUAUUUUUUUUUUCUUUGUGUAUUUUUCCCGAUCUGUUCUUCAAACGAAGAAAAAAAAAAUCGAUCGGAUUGAGUUGACCUUGGAUCAAGAUCCUUGAUCAUCAUGCGAUCGUUGAUUGAAAGUAGUCCCAGUCUAGCCUGGACCUAAAGUAAGCUGCAGCGAAAGCGUUUUAUUGUUUUAGUUGUUAAGAAAGGGAUAACAUUGUUACCUAGAAAUGUCUGUAAAAAAGGCAGCCAUUGAAGCCGAUAAUUGAGAAGGAGUCUCAUCUCUCCUUCGGGAGAGAUAGAGAGAUGUAGGGAAAAAAAACCGACACACAAACAAACGAUUGUAUCAACUUCCGCCCUUUUAGACAUAAGUAACUUAAUCUUAAGAUUAACGUAAAAAAAAAAUUGAAGGAAAAAAAUACGAUGAAGGGUUACAAAGAGAUGCGUAUAGGAUGGAAUAAAUCCAAUCUGAAUCAUGGGAAAUGAGGAAAAAAGAAACUAACCGAAAUGAAAUUCACAAUUAAAUUAGAUGCACAUACACCAACAUAUUCACACUACGCUGUGUAUACACCUCAGAACUCUCGUAUGUGUGACGAAAAAAAAGAAUACAAAACCAAUAAUUUUCUAAUUUAGACAUGCAUCCCGAAAUCAAUUCCAAUCAAGCCACAACUGGAUUUUUCGAUCGCAUUGUUUAUCGUUUUUGUUUUUCUAUGUGACGGUGUUUUAAUGGCAUACAAAUGAUGGAAACAAACAAACAAACAAAUUAUUGAUGUGAAUAUAUUUACAAACAAAUUAUAUUGUAAACAAAAAACAAAUGUAACAUUUAAACAUGAAAAAAAUGUAUGGAAAACAAAACUUAAAAAAAAAACUCACACGGAUAUUCAUAUGUACCAUGAAACUUGCACUUUGUAAACCAGAUGAAAAAAAAAAAAUGAUAAAAACAAACACAAAAAAAUGAUGAUGAUGAUAAAUAUGAUUAAAUAGCUAGAUGCCAAUAAAUUCAUGAAAGAAUUGUAAGAAAAGAGAGACGUGAACAUAAUUGCAACUUUAUCCAAGUGCACUGAAAUUCGUAUUGAAUAUAUAUAUAUAUAUAUUUAAAAAACAGAGAAAUAACAAAAAAAACGUAGCCUUUACUGAGAGCACGAAUCUAUGAUAUUAAAUUUAUCGUGAGAGGCGAUAACUGAAUAUAUAUAUAUUAUAUACAAGUAUAUAGUUAUGAUGUGGAUUAACAAUCAUGGGUUUUAGAUUUAAAAAAAAACACGUACACACACUCACUCAAUCACUCACUUACACACCUAAACGAGCAGAGGAAAUAUUUGUUCAUAAACUUUUCAAUUGUUAGCAAAGAAGAAUAGGAAAAUAAGAAUAAAUGUUUAUGGUGCAACGGUGCUGUGAAUGACAAUUUAUCCGGUUUUUGUUAAGGUACAAAAAUUGUCGACAGAAACAUUUGAUAUUUUCAAACCACGUUUUCACAUUGAGCAACACACGCAGUUUGUACCUUUUUACAUUUUAUGAUGGAAAUUAGAACUUUUGCACUCAAAUGAGUCUUUGACACUUGCAUGCGAUAGAGUAACCGAAGCCAUGUUCUCAAUGAUUACCAUUUGCUUUCUAUUGCCAAACGAUCAGGUUUUUCUUUUCCUUCACUUUCCGCCAUUUUCUCUAAUUGUUUUGCUUAUAAUACGCGCCAUACAACUCAUACCAAGUGCAAUGUACUUACUUUUAUUAAAAUUCGACUAGAUUUAGGUCGGAUUUUAUGGGCUAGACGCAGUUCUAGAUGGGAACUAAAUGCAAAUUCAGUCAUUGUUUUAUUUCGACAUUUGAAUGCAUUUCUUUUGUUUAUUGAACAUGCAUCAAAUGGAUAUUAAAAAAUAUCUAACGGUAAAGGAUUGCUAAUAUUGUACCGAUUAAUUUGAACCCAUUUUCAAUCGGGUGAUGCAGUUUUACACUGAAAAUAUACAGGAUAUUGAUAAGCAGUGCAUUUUUGGUGUGGAAAGUUAGCAUCUGGACAGAAGUCAGGUGAAUAUAGUCAGAUGAAGGUACCAUCAGGUGAUGUCGACAGGUUACACCGAGUUGGGUUAUAUCAACAGGUCAUACGGUAUGACCUGGUAUAUUGGUAUGACUCAUACCAACGGUUAUAGUAAUCGGUUCCACCUACAGGCCAUUUUAAAGAUUUAUUCCUAGGGUACAUCACUUUGAAGAGAUCAUAUCACCUGAAGAUAUCGAACGGUACAAUAUUACCUGUAUUUACAAAUGCUGAUCAUUGAUCAUACAUACACACAAGGGUGCAAGUAGUUUUCAUAUUGAUUUGGUUCUCAAUGAAUUCGGUUAAGUAUAGCCCAUUUUGAUAGAAUUACGUGUUGAAAUGUAGUUUGUUCCGAUGGAACUACCACAUGAACACACACACAUACACGCCAAAAACGUUUCGUUUUUGUUAGGAUAGCAACAUAAUUUGGAGAUUAUAAUGAACGGUCGCAUGUUGGACCAAUUUGUAAAUAACACGAAAAAAAACACAAUCACAGUCAAAAACAGUUGACGUUUCCGAAAUCGAGAUAUUCUUGUCAUUAUUUGGUUAAUAUUUUCUUUUGCAAUUCGAAUGAAAGAAGUAAAAAAAAAAAAACAAACAUAAACACAGAAGAAUUAGAAUACAAUUCUCUAAAUUCUAAGCAAUCGUCGACAACUCAAACAAAAUCGUCACUUUUUUAAAUCAUCAGAAUGAUUUUUUUCAGAAAGAAAAUUGAAAAAAAUCAUAAGAAAAUUCCUGGAAAGAAAAUCGUGAAAAAAAUUCUGUAGGAAAAUCGUCAGAAAAAGCAAAAAUUCAUAUAAAAAUUGAAAAGAAACAAAAAAUGAAUGGUUUGGAGCGAAAAUGUAAUGCAGAAAAGUUGAGCGGAAAAGAGAUAGCUAUAUAGUAAACUGUAUAGUAAACUAUAGUGAACUAUAUAGCUAUCCCUUUUCAUUUGACAUUUUUCCGCUCAACUUUUCUGUAUUACAUUUUCGCUCCAAACCAUUCAAAUGAUCUUCAAUUCGAAAGACGAACCAAUGUAUACAAUCAGCAAAUGAGACAGAAACGAAGUGCUUUCCCACGCUGAAAGUGCGGAGAAGUUGGAAAACCCAACUAUUCAGUCGGAUUUAGGAAAUUCUUCUUGCAAGCGUAUGCAAUUCGACGAAUUGAUCACAAGAAAAGUUUCGAUUCGUCUUUCCAAACAUUUCGUUUUCGAACCAAUUGAAGUCAUCCAUGAGAAAGAGACGAUUUUAAAUUCUAAUUACCAACGAAAUAUUCAAAAUGAAUGGACACACACACACACACGGUACGCUUAAAGCCAAACCAAUAUUUUUUCUCUUUUCACAAUAUGUUGAUAUUUUCAAGCAACAACAACAAUAAUAACAAACAAAGUGAUUACCUCAGAUCUCUUGUCACUUCUCUAUAUCUUACUCUAGCAAGAAAUCGUUUAGUUUUUGUGGGAGGAGGGGGACAACGACGGCAAUCAGGAAUAAUUAGAACUUAACGAACUAGAAAUGCAGUUCACAAGUUCAGCAAAAAAUGCCAAAAAAAAAAUUGAGCUACUGACAAUGGACGGUGAAAAAAAAAAUUGCGCCACCAUUUUACAACCCUUCGUUUUCCACAGAUGAAAAAGAAAGUAGAAGAACAAUUUCUUCAAUUCAAAACCGAUGUAAAAUGAAAAUAUCUUCAAUUUACAAUCUUUUGACACACACA